AUGACUUUUAUUGACAGUGCUCCAAGAAUUUCUUCAACUCUACUACGAGGAGUUACAACACCAGUAUGUGAAACUCAUGCAGAAAAAAAUGAAAGAUUAAAACGGCCAAUGUCACCACAUUUGACCAUUUAUAAACCUCAGUUAACUAGUGUGCUUUCUAUUACCCAUCGAGGUACUGGAAUGGCUUUAGCAUUUUAUGCCAUUGGAGCUGGAUUAACUGAACUUUUUGUUCCGGGAGGAGUAAAUCUUUUUAUUGAUUCAUUUCAUGCACUUUGCUUGCCCGUACCCAUAGUAUUUUUAACAAAAUUUGCUAUCGCAUGGCCAGCGAUGUAUCAUUUUUUUAAUGGAAUUAGACAUUUGGCUUGGGACAUAGGUAUAUUUUUAUCUAUGAACCAUGUAUAUAAAACAGGAUGGACGAUGUUAGGAACUUCAGUUGUCACAGCACUAAUAAUAUCAGCAAUAUUUUAA